AUGAAUUAUUUAUUUAAUCAAUUCGAUAUUUAUCAUCACCUUAAUUUUGCAUCUUUAACAACCAUAUUAUACAUUACUUAAAAAAUACUAAUAAUUUCAUUGGUCCAAAAUUAUAAAGAAAAUGAUGAUUAAUAAGGUAAUAUAUUAUAAUAAUAUAAGAUAACAAUACUCUAAUACAUUUUGAAUUAUUCAUUAGCUAUCCAACAUUAUUAAUACUCAUUAGUACUAUUGCUAAUACAGCAUAAUUAUUGUUUGCAUUGUUUUUACAAUAGAUGUCAGGAUUUUCAUUAUUAAUUUGCUUUAUUGCAUCCUCAAUUAUUAAUGGAAUUUCAAUUUGGUGGGCAUUAGUUAAGCUUAGACGUACUUCUUACAGAAAAUCAAGGUUACUUUGGUUCUUAUCUUAAAAUCUUCUACUUGUAUUUGAAUAUUUAAUAUAUUUUAGAUAGUAAUUUUGUUAUAUUAAGAUUUUAAUAUUAGUGGAUUAUUAACAAUAGGAAUAUCAUUUGCUCUUUAAUUGGUUGGAAUAUUUCUAGGUAUGGCCAUAGGAUCAUUAAACAUAUAAGAUGCAUAUGGAGAAUUUAAAUAAUAAUUUUUAGACAAUCCUUAAGCAAAUUCAAUAAAAUAAUAAAUACUUUUUCAUAUUUAUUAUGGACUUUUACCUUUUUUGUCAUUAAUAAGGGUUAGUCAUUAAAUUGUAUUUAACAAAUUAUUUAAUAACACAUUUGAUUUGUUAUAUUUUGCAUUAAUUCAAUAUUUCUAAACUAAAAUAAUGACUUAUAAUGAUGAAAGUAGCUUAAAAUCAAAUUGGGGAAUUAAAAGUAUGAAAUUAGCCAAGUAAUAUAUAUGUAAUAUUAUAUAAUUUUAGAUCACCAAUGUAUUAUUUAUUGAUAUAUUAAUGUAUAAUAUCAUUGAACAGAGUAGAAUCAUUUGAUUUUAAUAAUAUAAAAAAUAUUGCAUUAUGUGAUUUCAUGAUAUUUGUAGUAUCAAAUGGAGCAGUUGGAUUAUCAUCAAUUUUAGUCUAAAAGUAUUUAUAAGAAUAAAAAAAAUGA